AUGAACAACCUAGAAACAAUCGCCCAGUAUUUGGAGCUGUCGCUUUCUCCCCAACAUGCCAAGCAAGCGGAAUCGUCAUUGAGAAGCCUCGAGUCUCAACCGGGGUUCCUGAUAAAUUUGCUACACAUCGUCGCCUCUUCCAACUUGCAAGCAGGUGUUCGAUUAGCAGCGGCAUUAUUCUUCAAGAAUUUGAUCAGAAGACGGUGGGUGAAUGAAGAUGGAGAAUACUUGCUCCCUGUCGAAGAUUGUGAGCAUUUGAAGUCGGAAAUCUUGGGAAUUAUGAUCACUUUACCGAGCCAACUUCAGAUCCAAAUUGGCGAGUCAAUUUCCAUCAUUGCUGAUUCGGAUUUCCCACACAAAUGGCCAGGGCUCGUCGAUGAGUUGGUCAACAAGCUCUCGCUCGAUGACUUCGUGCUCAACAAGGGAAUACUAUUGGUGGCGCAUUCUAUCUUCAAGAGAUGGAGACCAUUAUUUCGGUCCGACGAGUUGUUUUUAGAAAUCAAAUUGGUUCUCUCCAAGUUUGCGGAGCCGUUCAUGGCAUUGUUGGUGAAGAGCGACGAGUUGAUCUCCCAAAGCUUGGCAAACAACGAUAAAGCGUCGCUUUCAAUCUACAUGGAGUGUCUUUUAUUACUAGUUCAAAUCUACUACGAUCUCAACUGUCAAGACAUUCCCGAGUUUUUCGAAGAUAACAUGGUUUCAGGAAUGGAAAUAAUGCACAAAUAUUUGAGUCUAGAAACCACUUUGCUCACAGAUCCUGACUCAGAUGAAGAUGUCGAUGUUCUAAUCAAAACCAAGUCGGCUAUUAUCGAGCUUAUCUCCUUAUAUGUCACCCGUUACGCCGACGUUUUCGAGCCUUUAAUAGAGAACUUCAUCACCACCGUGUGGAAGCUCAUCAACUCAUACAUUACCAACCAGCAAAAGUUCGAUUUACUCGUGGUCAAGUCGCUUUCGUUCUUGACUUCGGUCACAAAAAUGGCAAAAUACCAAGGCAUGUUCAACAGCAGUGACUCGUUGAAAGAAAUUAUCGAAAAGAUCAUUCUUCCCAAUAUAUACUUCCGUGAGGUUGACGAGGAAAUGUUUGAAGAUGAUCCCAUUCAAUUUGUUCGCUCGGACCUCGAAGGUUCUGAUUUCGAUUCGAGACGGAAAUCUGCUACUGAUUUCUUGAGAGAGCUCAAAGAAGUCAACACAGAACUUUUGACAAACACAGUGAUGCAUUAUGUCAACCAAUUUCUUUCGUCCAAAGACGAUUGGAAGCACAAAGAUACAGCAAUUUUCCUAUUCAGCUCACUUGCUGCAAAGGGUUCCAUCACCAACGCAGGUGUUACAUCCACCAACGUUUUGGUUGAUGUUGUAAAAUUCUUUUCAGAAAACAUCGCCAACGACUUGGUUCAAACAGACAACUCCAUUCAUGCCAUAUUGAAGGCUGACGCUAUCAAGUACAUCCUAACAUUUAGAAACCAGUUGACGAAGGCUCAGUUACUUGAUACGCUUCCACUUUUAAUUCAGCACCUCAAAAGCUCAAACCCAGUGGUGUACACCUACUCGGCAAUAACCAUCGAAAAGUUGCUUUCUAUGUCCAGUUUUUCGGAUGCCAGCCAUGCGCCAGUGUUUAACAAAGAUGACGUACAGCCUUUCAUCCACGAUCUCGUCACCAACUUGUUUGCAUUGAUAUUAUCAGGGAACAGUAGUGUUCCUGAGAAGCUCGCUGAGAACGAAUUUCUCGUGAAAUGCUUGAUGAAAGUCCUCAACACCGCUGAAAAUAAGUUGGACAGUUCAUCCAAUGAGAACGACACCAAAUUUAGAUCUACUAUCAUCACUCAGCUUCUCAAAAUCAUUGAGAUCACUUCAAAAAAUCCAUCAAACCCGAAAUUUUCACACUAUGUUUUCGAAAGUCUUGGAUUACUCUUGAAGUUUGGCGCCCACACAGACCAGAUCGUGGGAAACUACGUGGACCUAAUCAUGCCGCCUUUACUCGAAGUAUUGGGAAACGACGUUCAAGAAUUUAUUCCAUACACUUUCCAAAUCUUAGCAUAUCUUCUUGAACUUUACCCAUCUGGACAUCCUUUACCUGGAAGCUACGGUCAUCUUAUUAAGCCACUCUUGUCUCCAGCUGCAUGGGAGUACAGAGGUAACAUUCCAGGCAUCACCAGACUCUUGAUUGCGAUUCUUGAACAAGAUCCCUCAGUGUUUGGACAAAAUGACAAUUCAUUGACGCCGCUUUUGGGUGUGUUUCAAAAGUUAAUUGCCUCCAAAGUUAAUGACGUACAUGGAUUCGAGUUGUUGCAGGCGAUUAUAUUCUCUAUUCCCGUGUCAUCAUUAUCGCAUUAUUUGAAAGAUAUCGCCGUGCUUCUUUUGACAAGAUUGAAGAGCUCAAGAACUGAGAAAUUUGUCAAGAAGUUUGUGGUAUUUAUUUGUACAUUAGCAUGCGUUCCCAUGAACCAAGACCUUUCCAAAAAGACUCAUUCCUUGAUCAACGCAGACUUUGCAGUGGACCUCAUUGAUUCUGCCCAACCGGGAGUAUUUGGCCAGAUUUUGAAGAGUUUUAUUUUACCCACGUCGUCGUCGUUGGCUAAUUUGCAAGACAAGAAACUUGCAACUUUUGGGUUGCUGCAAUUUGCAAGAUCCACUGCUUUUACAUCUGGAAGAUACAGCGACCAACUAGUUGCAGUAGUUGAGCAAUUGGCCAAAAAUCUUUCUACUUUAGAAGGCUUACAGAAAAACACCAACGUUGCUGUGGCAUCUAGUACUGGAGGACAACACCCGGCUGCCGUUGCCGUGGAUGAACUUGACUUGGAAAGUUCGUCGUACGGUUCGCAAUUUUCCAAGAUUGUAUCGAUACAAGGGAAAGUAUUCGACCCAGUACCAGAUGUCAAAAGCAAUGAUUUUGCCGGGAUCAAACGAGGAUGCUUGGGAGCCAUAGCGCAACUAGGCACAUCGGGAGUGUUGGAACAGCUCAGUGGAGAUGCAAAGCAGGUUUUGAGCAGCAUCAACUAA